AUGAUAGAGGAAGCAAGUAGGAAGGCCAUAGUAGAGUGUGAGCGGAGAACGGUGACUCCAGCGAGAGAAGGAGCUAGGAGGCAGCUGUUCCAGGAAAUGGAGAUGAAGCAUAGGCGAGAGUUCUCAAGUGUGCCUGAAAAAAGCCCUGAAAGGACCAUGUCGAAUGAAAUAGAAGAGCUGAAGAAAAGAGGAGAGAUCGUAUCUCAAAAUAGGAGCUCGUCUUUUACCAACUGGAUUCUACUGGAAGUUGUUGAUAGCAGUUUUCGAUUCCCGGAUCUUUCCAAGUACGAUGGGAGUAAAGAUCCUAGGGAGCAUGUUGCAGCAUUCGAUUUGGUUAUGAACUUGUAUGGUCAGACCGACUCGAUUAAGGCAAAGUUGUUUGUAACUACAUUGAAGGGUAAAGCACAAGAAUGGUUCACCAGCUUGGGGAGUGGAACUAUUGACUCAUACGAGCAGUUAAUACACAAGUUUUCUUUCCAUUUUGCAAGCAAAAGGAAGGCAAAGAGGACAGCUACUUACCUCUUUACAAUCAGGCAGAGGGAUGAUGAGACGUUGAAAAACUUCAUGGGAAGAUUCGAUAAUGAAGUGUUAGAGGUGCAAGAUUUAAGAAUUGAUAUGAUGGUGAGUAUAAUGAUACAUAGCUUGAAAAAGGGUCCGUUCGCGUACCUCUUUACAAUCAGACAGAUGGAUGAUGAGACGUUGAAAAACUUCAUGGGAAGAUUCAAUAAUGAAGUGUUAGAGGUGCAAGAUUUAAGAAUUGAUAUGAUGGUGAGUAUACUGAUACAUAGCUUGAAAAAGGGAGGAGAUGAAUGCCAUGAGGACAAUGAAUGGGCAAGGGACCUAGGUCGUUCAAGGGACAAGCGCUCGAAGGAGGGAAAACAGCGAUCUGAAAAAGAUCGGGAGCGAAGAGGACCGUACUUGCCAAAGUAUCACAGGUACACGCCUUUAAACACGACCGGGGAAAGAGAAAUGAUGUUGGUAGAAAAGGAAGGACUCCUGCAAAGGCCAGGUAAGAUGCGAGAUACACCUGCGAAGAAAAACUCUAACAAAUAUUGCAGGUUUCACAAACACAAGGGCCAUGACACAGAAGAUUGUUACCAGUUAAAAGAUGAAAUUGAAAGAUUAAUUAGGCAGGGAUACUUUAGACAUUUGAUCGAAAAUAGAAGUGAGACAGGACAUCGAAGCAGAUCGCGGAGUCAUGAAAGAAACCGCAAGGAUGAGGCGGGGAAGAGCAUAGUACGAGAUAACGCGCCUACAAAAGGAAUCAUCCACACGAUCUCAGGUGGUCCAAUAGAAGGAGAUUCUUCGAGGGCAAGAAAGAGAUAUGCAAGAGAAAAUAGGUACAAAUAUGGAGGGCAGAUGAUGCACGUGGAAUCGCAGGAGGACAUGUUUUUGGAGAUAAAGACCUGA